GCACAGAGACCGAGCGCCCCACUCGUUGCCCCUCAGCGGCCCGCAGGGCGUUUUUGUACUUGUAGCUUUCCAUCAGGCGCGCCGCGGGCAGCCCUGCGAGCGGGAGAAGCGGCGAGGGCCGCCGUGAGGCUGACGUGUCGGCGGGCGGCGGUGGCGGCGGCAGCAUGUCGAAGGUCACCUUUAAAGUCACGCUCACCUCCGACCCGCGGCUGCCCUACAAAGUGCUAAGCGUGCCCGAAAGUACACCUUUCACAGCUGUCUUGAAGUUUGCUGCUGAGGAAUUCAAAGUUCCUGCAGCAACAAGUGCCAUUAUCACAAACGAUGGAAUAGGAAUAAACCCUGCACAGACAGCAGGAAAUGUAUUUCUAAAGCACGGUUCAGAUCUACGGAUUAUUCCCAGAGAUCGAGUUGGAAGCUCUUAAUGUCUACUGAAAUCUUCUGGAAUAAGUGACAUUGGCAUGUAGUUAAUGUCUAUUUAUUUUGGGACUCUGCAUUGUGACUGAAGAAUUGGCCUUUUUGAAGCUACCCUAUAUGACUUGCCGAGAUCCAAUCUUUUUUUGUCACACAGAUAAAGUCUCAUUUUGUUGUUAAAGCAUAAUAAAUAAUGCACUGGUUAUUUCUUUACUGAUAUUUUUCAAUGGGGUGAUCCUAUUGAAAAAAAGAUGGAUGUCUCUAAAGAUGUUUAUUACUGAAAAUGCAAGAGUAAACUCAACCACAAUAAGUAAUUAUUUAAAAUAUUACAUAUUGUCAAAGUUAGUUUGUGGAAGGGGGAACUUUAUGAUCUUGUUCCAGAGAAACUGUUCUACUGAGUGUUGGAAGGUUUAGCUUUAUUCAUAUUUUCCUUUUUCUUUUGAUAAAAUUCCAUGUUGAGAGGAGAAGUUUUACCACAAUUCGAGUAUUAAGCCCAGAUAGAAUUGAAAAGUUAAGUGGUUUAUAAUUGGAAUAAGUAAGUAAAUGCCAAAUGUUCCAAAGUAAUUGUAAUAUUUAAUUGUUGAAAACAUUUUAGAUAGCAGAGAAUGCAGAGGUACCUAUAUGUUAACUUCACAAAACAUCAAAUGAAGUUUCAAACCAAAUGCAAUUUCAGAGAAUUUGUGAGACAUAAUCUCAAAAUGCCAUGGAAGGCCUGGCAAAAUUUGGGAAUGUAUAAGUACUGGUCAAAUAUGUCAUUCCUUUUUCUAUAAAUAAUGGUUCUUUGUAAAAGUUUUUGUUUCUGCAUAUUACAAGAGAAUCAUAGUUCAUCAAAAUGUUUGUGUUCAGGUAAUAUGCUUUUUCUUUAUCAGUUGCCUGAGGUAAUUUAUCAAUCGUGCAUUUUAUUUAGAGUAAUUGCUGCUUUUCUUGAACUGGUUGUUCUACUUUGUGAUUUAAUCUGUUUGGCCAAGUCUUACCCUGUUGCGUUUUGUGUUUCUUACUGAGUUUACAGGAAGUAAAACAGUGGGCAGAGCACUGCUUGGUUUAAUGAGAGUCAUCACAAAUGAUUAAUGAUUGCACUUCACUGUGCAAAAAUUCUCCAGAAGGAUGUUCAGAUUCGGUUUCAAAUAGUGCACAGAAUGCCCUAAUGAGUGGAUAUGAAUUCAGUAUGUAGAAGAAAACGUUCUGAAAGUGAUAUUUGACUUAAAAUUUUCCACCUCUAAGAUGGAUUGUAAAAUUCUUCAUUUUCCUUUGUUUUAAUAAACAAUAUGAAAAAAAAAAAGUUCCUUUCUCAUUUUCUCAGUUUGAUUUUGACAGUAAUUAAAAAUGCCACCCUUUUGACCUUCGUAAUUAAGAUACUGUGAGAUUAAUUUGAAGCCAGAAUAUUCUUACUAUGCAGAAUUCUGUCCAACACGGACUUGAAGGUACUGUGUAUAGCUUCUAUUAAUGUAAUGCUACAAGAUGAUUAGAAAGGGCUAUGUCAGUGGCUUUUAACUUUCUCUGCAGAUCUAUUGAUGGAAUACUUGUAAAAGAAUGUAACAAAUAGGAAGCUUUCUUUCAUGUCUCAAGAUGCAAUGUAGUUUUCAUAAGGUCAUCAGGGCCUUUUCAAAGGCAUUUUGAAACUAAGGUGCCUUAGGCUAGUUAAAAGUGAUUUCAGAUGAUUGCUUACUACUUAUAAUAAGCUUUUACUACACUUUUACUGUGUUAAUAGCACAAUGUGAAGUAUUUGAGGUGCUGUGUUGCAGCAUAGUUUGUGUAAUAUGCAAAUGAUUUGUCCAUUUGGAAGAAUAACUUUGUAAUACUUUCUCUGU